AUGUCUAAAUCUGUUAAUAUUGCCAUCAUUGGUUCAGGUGUUGUUGGAUCAGCAUUCAUCAGCCAAUUGAAAAGUUUAAGAGCUCAAAUUAAGUUCAAUGUUGUGUACUUAGCGAGAUCAUCAAAGGAAGCUCUUUACAGUGAUGACUAUAAGCCAGUUGACUUAUCAAGCUACCAAACUGCACAAGCAAGGCCAUUAUUGGAGUUAGAUGGAUUAGUCAACUUUUUGAAAGCUUCAUCUAAACCCACGAUCUUAGUGGACAAUACGUCUAAUACAAGUAUUUCGGAAUAUUAUCCAAAUUUCGUCAAAGCGGGAAUAUCUAUUGCUACUCCUAAUAAGAAAGCGUUUUCCUCGGAUUUGAGUUUAUGGGAAGAUAUCUUUAACAGCUCUUCUAAUGGAGGUGGCUUGGUUUACCACGAAGCAACAGUUGGUGCCGGAUUACCAAUAAUCGGUCCUUUGAAAGAUCUCAUUCUCACUGGUGACAAGGUGGAUAAGGUCGAGGGAAUUUUUUCUGGAACUUUGUCUUACAUAUUUAACGAGUUUUCGACUCCUGAUUCUCAUUCUCAAACAAAGUUUUCUGAUGUCGUUAACAUUGCCAAAAAGUUAGGUUAUACAGAGCCUGAUCCUAGGGAUGAUUUGAAUGGUUUAGAUGUUGCGAGAAAGGUAACAAUAUUAGCAAGAAUUUGUGGACUUGAAGUGAAGUCUCCAACAUCUUUUCCAGUUGAAUCCUUGAUUCCAAAAGAAUUAGAGAAUGUCAAAAGUGCAGAUGAAUUCUUGAAGAGAUUGCCUGAUUUUGACUCCGAAAUUCAAAAACUUAAGGACGAUGCUUUAUCAGAAAAUAAAGUAUUAAGAUACGUAGGAGAAAUAGAUUUCAAAGAAAAAAGGGCCUCAGUUGGUAUCAAAAAGUAUGGUUUUGAUCAUCCCUUUGCAUCUUUGAAAGGCAGCGAUAACGUCGUAUCGAUUAAAACAGAGAGAUAUCCUAAUCCACUAAUUAUCCAAGGUGCCGGUGCUGGCGCGGAUGUCACUGCUCAUGGAGUCUUAGCAGAUACAAUAAGGAUUGCCGAGAGAAUUGCAAAUUAA